UGUCAACAGAACGCACAGUAGCGGCGGCGGCAUGGCAACCAGCUACCGCGCGGGGCAGUACGAAGACGCCUUCACUGCCCGGAACCUGCAGAACUGGGCCCUCCCCCGGCUCCCGAAGCAGCACCCCGGUGCACGGGAAGGCCACACGCAGUUUAUAACCGAUGACAGAGGGCACCUGCUCCCCACCGUGCCACGCUCCAAGGCUUCCCCCUGGGGCACGUUUAUGGGAACCUGGGAUAUGCCUCUGAAGAUUCCCCCAGUCAAACUGAACCUGACCUCUCGCUCGGUCGCUGCAGCCUCACGUCUCACUGACUGGGUGUACAAGUCCAAGGCACUGACUAAUGCCUGCAACGGCCUCCUCCCAGAGAUCACUGGCAAGCCCCAAGAACUGGAAUCACACCAGGAAGCAGCAAAGGAAACUUCCGAUAAGAACAGUCGAGCAUCUAACAGAGACCUCCAGCUCCACAGACCCUCAGCUAAAAUGCCCCCUGAGGAAGAGGAAGAUUGUUACAAAAGAGUCACUACACCCAAGAUCCCUCUGUCACGCCAACCUGGCUCCAUGGAUGUGCGACUCUCGGGAGCUACCUCUCCAGUGGUACCAGUCUCGCACCAGCCUGGCUCUAAAGAGGCAAAGCACAGAGGAACCUUGCAACCCAAGGUCCCAUUGUCACGCCAGCCUGGCUGCAUGGAUGUGCGACUCAAAGAGGCCAUCACACCCAAAGUCCAGGCUUCAGGCCGAACCACAUCCAGGGAAACAAAUCCCCGGCGCACCAUCUCAGCAGAGGUCUCAGCUCCAAGCCGACCUGGCUCAAUGGAAGCUAGACCCAAGGGAGUUAGCUCACCUAACCUCAUGGCUUCAUCUCGGCCGGGAUCAGUGGAGGCCAACUUCAGAGGAGCAACAUCACCCGAUGCCUUGGCAUUAGGCCGCCCAGGUUCAAAGGCCAGCCGCACCUCCGAGACAUGGAUGAGGAUGUUGGAGGGAGGCAGAGAGGAACAGGAGCAUGUCACUCAAGAGGGAAGAGUCAGCAAGACCCAAAUCUUGCUCUGAAGAUUUGGGCAAGCAUUCAUCUAAAGGCCAGAGUAAAAGCUAUUGCUGACACAUGAAUGAUAACUGAAAGAGGUCAAACCUCACCUCACUCUGCAUCUCCAGCUGUUCCCACCCUUUUGCUUCCUGCAACUCUAAUCACCUCCAACCCCAGCCUCCUUUCUCUUUCCUGUUUUCCAGGCAAUCAGUUUAAUCCCUCUAGCUUUUCCCUUUGCAUGUGCUAGUUUCUUUGCAUGUAAGAGCUGCCACCUGCAUCAGAGUGAGCUGAACCAAACAGGCAGUGAAACGAUCAAUUUUCAAGCCACUGGCCCAAUGCUGCUGUCUGAGAUGGAGGCAGGGGACAUCCCCCAUUCACCCGAGCUUGUCAACACAACCAGUCAAAACAGAAACCCAGAUGGCAAGAGAGGGCCACUGAUUCUGAAAGAGCCUGAAUAACCCUGAUGAUUGGAUGGUACUAUGUGGUUGAAACAUGCGCUUUCCCAGUAAUCAAUAUAAAAAUAAAACUAAAAUACAAAAAACAAACUCAGGUUUUGUUUCACACAAGUAACAUCCAGGGCAAGGCGAGGCCUGUGCUGACAGCUUCCACAGAGCCCUGGCAGUGCAAUGGAAACGCAGCAAACACCGUCAGCCACUUGAUGCAGUGGUGCCCACCCACAAUCACCCGUGGCAUGCAGCCUCCUGCUCUCACACUACACCUUCCAGAGGGAGGCUGAAAUCUUUUCCAGCUGAUAAAGUGCUGGGGCUGAGACUGAUAUUUUGGCUCUGGCUGAGGCAAGAGGCCUGGCAUCCCCCAGCAGAGAGUGCUUGAGUUCACCUAGACCCAUAUUCACUGCCAAAGCUUCAAGUGCCCCGAUUUGGCUCCAGCAGAGCAGAGGCAGGGCCCAUUCCUGGGGAAGAUUUGCCCUGGGCUCUAGGCUGGCUUGUUUAUUAGCAUCAGUUCACUUCGUAGGAAAAUCCCUGGUUAAACAGGCAGAAGGGAAUGCAACAGGCCCCAGCUGCAACCUGCACCCCUCAGCCAGUGGCCACAAUCUCCCUUGGGAUGAAGUCUACCAUUCGCCCCAACAAUGUCCAGGGAAGACUGCCCUGUGGGCCAGCAUUCGGCUCCCACAUGUUCUGGCCUGCUGUGACCUACCCCCUUUGCUAGUCCCAAUGUAGAACAGAUGGGGAGAACGAUAGGCAAGGCGAGACAGAACUGGCUUUUCCUGGGUGCACCUGACAGCCCUCACAUCCAAUAGAAACCCCUUCUCCUGCAACUCAGACCCUAUCAGCCACCUGAAAAACCUAGGAAAAAAAAAAGUCAACCAGAGGCAUCCACCUGCGGAUUAGCCACUGUCCAACACUGGAACACAGGCCCCAGCCUGCCUGUAAGAAGGCAGGUUGCAAAAGGCAUGUAAAGGCAAAGCACACAAGGGGUGCAGCGGGACUGCUGCUGUGGCAGAGCACUUACAAGGCUGCUGGCUGCCCUCCCACUUCUACCCCCAAUACUGGUGGCUCUAGAAAGCUCUUUGUCCGAGGAGAGUGCUGAGAAGAUGCUUUCCCACCUCCCCAUCUUUGCUAGAGCCUGGACUGCCCAACCUGCAAUCACUUGCAAACGGUAGAUAGGCUGCUGAAUGCAGAUGGAAUUUAUUUCAAGAGCUGCUGUAAAGUCCAGCCUCACAAGGAGCUGGCACAUGCCAAGGAAUAACUAAAUUAGAAACCCAGAGGAGCCCAAUUAAAAGUCAUUCACUGACUGCAUAUAAUUAGUGGAGUGGCUCAAGUGCAUCAGCCUCCAC